AAUUGUUCAAAGCAGAGAUUACUGAGCCUUAGGUCUAGGUUUAGUUCAUUAUAUCUGGACCAUGCUUGGAGGCCUGCCUGCAGAAAUUCAAGUGAUGGAUAAAACACAGACUGGUCCAUGAACAAUGGGAAGGUGCCAAAGGUAGAAGAAGUGGCCUGGUGCUGUCAGUACCUCUGCUGGUCAUCAUCAUGGUAUCAGAGGCCUCUUCAUACCACCUGUUCUGCUGUCUCAGUUUGUUGUUUAAAUACCAUCGAAGGCUUUAUGUUCUUUGGGUCCUGCUGGUGGGCUUCAGCCCUGUUUCACUAGCACAGCAGGAUACCCAGCCUCAAUCCAUCAAAAUCGAGGGAGACAUCACCCUGGGCGGGCUCUUCCCUGUACACUCCAGAGGGCCUGCUGGUGUCCCCUGUGGUGAGAUCAAGAGAGAAAAGGGAAUCCAUCGACUGGAGGCCAUGCUGUAUGCACUGGACCAGAUCAACAGUGACCCAGACCUGCUGCCCAACAUCACUCUUGGAGCCCGGAUCUUGGACACAUGUUCCAGAGACACCUAUGCCCUAGAGCAGUCGCUCACCUUCGUCCAGGCCCUCAUCCAGAAAGACAACUCAGAUGUGCGCUGCUCGAAUGGAGAACCCCCCAUCAUCCCCAAACCAGAGAGGGUGGUCGGUGUGAUCGGAGCAUCAGGCAGCUCAGUGUCUAUCAUGGUGGCCAACGUGCUCAGACUGUUUGCGAUCCCUCAGAUCAGCUAUGCCUCCACUGCUCCGGAGCUGAGCGACAACAGCCGCUAUGAGUUCUUCUCCCGUGUGGUCCCCCCAGACUCCUACCAGGCCCAGGCCAUGCUGGACAUCGUCAAGGCCAUGGGAUGGAACUACGUCUCCACGCUGGCCUCUGAAGGGAACUACGGAGAGAGCGGCGUGGACGCCUUCCUUCAGAUAUCCAGAGAAGCAGGGGGCAUAUGCAUUGCUCAGUCUAUAAAGAUCCCAAGAGAGCCCAGGCGAGGCGAGUUUGACAAAAUCAUAAAGAGAUUAAUGGAGACUUCUAACGCUCGUGGAGUUAUCAUCUUUGCUAAUGAGGAUGAUAUCAAACGCGUGUUACAAGCUGCAAAAAAGGCCAACCUGACAGGCCAGUUCCUUUUUGUUGGAUCUGACAGUUGGGGGGCCAAAAGCUCCCCUAUCGAAGAUCAGGAGGAGGUGGCAGAGGGAGCGGUCACUAUCCUGCCGAAAAGAGGCUCUAUUGACGGAUUCGACCAGUACUUCACUUCAAGGUCUCUGGAAAACAACAGAAGAAACAUCUGGUUUGCAGAAUUCUGGGAGGAUGACUUCAAGUGCAAACUGACUCGACCUGGCAUAAAAUAUGACCCUGACAGAAGAAAAUGUACCGGAGAAGAACGAAUCAGUCAGGACUCUCAGUAUGAACAAGAGGGCAAGGUGCAGUUUGUCAUUGACGCAGUGUACGCCAUGGCCCACGCGUUGCACAGCAUGCACAUGGACCUCUGUCCUGGCUCCAUGGGUGUCUGUGAAAAGAUGGACCCAGUAGAAGGACGGAUGCUCCUCCAGUACAUUCGCUCAGUAAACUUUAAUGGCAGUGCUGGAACUGCAGUGAUGUUCAAUGAGAAUGGAGACGCUCCUGGUCGGUACGAUAUCUUCCAGUACCAAAUGUCCAAUGUCAGCAACCCAGGCUACAGGGUUAUCGGCCAGUGGACUAACCACCUGCGACUUAAUCUGGAGGAGAUGCAGUGGUCAGGAGGUGAGCGUAAAAUCCCAGAGUCUGUAUGCAGCUUUCCCUGUGAGUCUGGUGAGAGGAAGAAGAUGGUAAAAGGUGUCCCAUGCUGCUGGCACUGCGAGCUCUGUGAUGGCUACCAGUUUCUGCUUGAUGAGUUCACCUGUGACAUGUGCCCCUUUGACAUGAGGCCCCUAAAGAACCGGACAGGAUGUCGGCCCACACCCAUUAUCAAGCUGGAGUGGAGCUCUCCGUGGGCCAUCAUUCCCGUUUUCUUGGCCAUACUGGGAAUACUAGCCACUACUGGGGUCAUCGCUACCUUCAUCAGAUACAACGACACACCCAUUGUUCGGGCAUCUGGCAGAGAGCUCAGCUAUGUAUUGCUGACGGGCAUCUUUCUCAUCUACCUCAUCACGUUCCUCAUGAUUGCAGAGCCCAGUGUGGGUGUGUGCGCCAUACGCAGGCUGUUGCUGGGUCUUGGGAUGUGCAUCAGCUAUUCCGCCAUGCUCACCAAGACCAACAGGAUCUACCGCAUAUUUGAACAGGGCAAGAGAUCGGUCACACCUCCUAAAUUUAUCAGCCCCACCUCUCAGCUGAUAAUCACCUUUAUUCUAAUUUCAGUGCAGUUACUGGGGGUGUUCAUUUGGUUUGGUGUGGUACCACCCCACGUUACCAUUGACUAUGAGGAGCUAAAGCCUCCAAAUCCAGAGUUUGCACGUGGGAUCCUAAAGUGUGAUAUGUCCGAUCUAUCCCUCAUACUGUGUCUCAGCUACAGUAUUGUACUAAUGAUUACCUGCACAGUAUAUGCUAUAAAGAGCAGAGGAGUCCCUGAGACCUUCAAUGAGGCAAAACCCAUUGGCUUCACCAUGUACACCACGUGCAUCAUCUGGCUGGCCUUUGUUCCUAUCUUCUUUGGAACAGCACAGUCUACAGAGAAGAUGUUCAUCCAAACCACCACCCUGACUGUCUCCAUGAGCCUGAGCGCCACCGUAUCCCUGGGUAUGCUCUACAUCCCCAAGGUCUACGUCAUCAUCUUCCAUCCAGAGCAGAAUGUCCAGAAGAGAAAACGCAGCUUCAAAGCUGUGGUGCAGGCAGCCACCGUGUCCACUCGCCUGUCCCAGAAGAUCAGCGACAAGCAGAACGGAGAGUCCAAGAUGGAGCCGGACAGGUGUCAAUGACAGGAGGCGGAAGUUCUUGUGGAAAAAUUGGCAUUUACUGUUUUUGACAGAAGCAUUUGUUUCUACCUUUCAAUUAUGGAUGAAUACCAGCCACUGUGGAGGUGCAAUAUGUUCCUUUUGACAGUUGUUUAUAGACACUUUACUCAACAUGGAAUGAUGCAUGAAAACAAAGAAAUUUUUUAAACACACCUUCACAAAAAAUUUAAUAAUUCGGUGCCAGCUUAAAUCAAAUGUAAAAACUUUUAUGUCCUUUUUACC